CAAUAUUCGACUCCAAAUCAAAGAGGCAAUAAAAUGGUGAGCAAAAGAGAUUCUUGGUCAAUACUAGUCACGCUAAUACUACUACAAGCGUACGGCUCACUCCUCAUUGCAGCCCGAGCGCAGGUUCCCACGAACAGGACUCUACGCCUGAGCGGUUUAGUCCUCCACCACUACAAAGUUCACAAUACUUGCAGAUACGCCGAGGUUUUCAUCAAGCAUCUUGUCACCAAAGCUUGGAACAAAGACCGCUCCAUCACCCCGGCGCUCCUUCGGCUCGCCUACUCUGACUGCAUGGUUACGGGAUGUGAUGCUUCGAUUUUGUUGGAUGGAGAGGGAUCAGAGAAGGAGGCACCCCAGAAUUCGGGGUUGAGGGCAUUCGAACUCAUCGAUGGGAUCAAGCGUGUGCUCGAGGUCUACUGUCCCCGUGCAGUCUCCUGUGCGGACAUUCUACAACUUGCUGCUAGAGACGCGGCGGGCCUGGCUGGUGCACCAAAGUAUCCGGUGUUUACGGGUAGGCGUGAUGGGUUUCGAUCCAAUCUGAAAUUAGUAGAUUUGCCUUCGCCUUCAGUUACAUGGGAUGAGGCGUUGGCUUACUUCAGGUCCAGAGGCCUCGAUGUUCUUGAUCUCGGAACUCUACUAGGAGCACACACCAUGGGCAAGACGCGCUGCCACUACAUCCAUGACCGUCUCUACAAUUUCAACAACACCGGCAGGCCUGACGAGUCCAUGGACCCCUCCCUCGUCACCGAGCUCAAAAAGACAUGCACACCAGGCACUGCUGGCUCCAGAACCUCUAACGAGAGUACCGUCUAUCUCAACCCAACCUCAGGCAGCAACAACUCAUUCCAGAGCUCAUACUUCGACCACGUCCUCAAGAACCGUGGCGUUCUCCGCAUCGACCAGCAGAUGAUCACCACAAUGGAUGGGAUCAGGAUUGCUAACGAGUUUGCAAACGGGUUUGAGGACUUCAGGAGGUACUUCGCGCUGGGGAUGGCGAGGCUGGGGAGUCUGGGGGUGCUUACGGGGAAGGAGGGGGAGAUAAGGAACAGUUGCCGGCGGACUAAUUCUGGUAAAGUGUUGAAAUGAGGGGAGCUGGAAGUUUCUGUUUUGAAAUUUUGGAUUCGGUGAUUGAGUAAGUUUUAGUGUCUUGAAGGGUUUGAAUGUGAUGGAGGGAGCCUGCAUUUUCUUUCUUUUUAUGUGGUUGUGUAAUAAAAAUUGGAUAGAUUUGUAUCAAGUAUGGAGGGAGCUUGAAUUUUCUGACUUGCAGUAAUAAAAUUUGGAUAGAUUUGUAUCAAGUUUGAUGGUAAAUUGUUAAAGAAGAUAGUGGUCAAACUCUGGCCUUUU